AAGAACCGACAUUUAGCUCAGGCUGAGAGGGAUUCCCUGUUUCUCCUCAAAGCAUCCUGUAAAGCAGCUCGGUGCAGAUAGCAGCCGAGUGUCUCGUUUCUCCUCGUUUUCGACCAUGGUGCUACCAUGUCUGCAGGUGUAAUCCGACUCGGUGCGUCGGAUUACACCUGCAGAUAACCGCCACGAUAUACAACACAAACAGACGGACACAAAGCUUCCAGUGUGCACGCGUCAGAGAGGUUUCAUUUAGGCUUUUAUUUUGUGUUUCAGUGCGCAGAAGAUUUGGAUCAUCCACUUGCUUUAAAAUGUUUGAGUGACAGGAGGAAGACUCCAGCAGAAGUAUUGACAUGUCUGCAGAGGACGUGGACUCCAGCGACGCUUCGUCAGGAGAACACACAACCAGCGAGUGGUGAUUAAAGUGUGCAGCAGUCAUUUCAGAUGUUUAGAAACUGGUUCAGAGUCUAUGUCCUCUGUCUGGAUCUGUGGCUCUUGAGAGAAUGAAAGAGGGAGUGACAGAGAGAAGGUAGAAGCAGUCCCAAACAUAAACAGGCGAUAAACAGGUGCGGUGAUGGCGGCGUGGCUGGCCCGGUUGUCUCCGGGCGACGCCUGGUACAACAUGUACUCGCGCCUGCUGCGGACCAAACCUGUGGGCUCCAUGGCUCCCGGCUCCGACGACCUCACCGAGCUCGGGGAGGGGUCCGCGGCCGGGCUCGCCAAGGUCCUGACCACCGUGGACCUGGUGUCGCUCGGCGUGGGCAGCUGUGUUGGCACGGGGAUGUAUGUGGUCGCUGGGCUGGUUGCCAAGGCGAUGGCUGGGCCGGGCGUCAUCCUGUCUUUUAUCAUCGCAGCGGUGGCGUCCAUACUGUCAGGUGUGUGCUACGCAGAGUUUGGCGUCCGUGUCCCGAAGACGACCGGCUCGGCCUACACCUACAGCUACGUGACAGUCGGGGAGUUUGUGGCGUUUUUCAUCGGCUGGAAUCUGAUCCUGGAGUAUCUGAUCGGCACAGCGGCGGGGGCCUCGGCUCUCAGCAGCAUGUUCGACUCUCUGGCCAAUCACAGCAUCAGUAACUACAUGAUAACGCACCUGGGCACGCUCAGAGGACUCGGUAAAGGUGAGGACACGUACCCUGAUCUGCUGGCCCUGUUCAUCGCCCUGCUGGUCACAGUGAUCGUUGCUCUCGGCGUGCGAAACUCCGUGGUCUUCAACAACGUCCUCAACGCGGUCAACCUGGUGGUGUGGGUCUUCAUGAUCAUCGCCGGACUCUUCUUCCUCUCCGCCAGCAACUGGGAGGGCGGAAACUUCCUGCCCUACGGAUGGUCAGGGGUUAUGCAAGGUGCAGCGACGUGCUUUUACGCCUUCAUCGGCUUCGACAUCAUCGCGACGACAGGAGAGGAGGCGAAGAACCCAAACACCUCCAUCCCCUACGCCAUCACUGCCUCGCUGGUCACCUGCCUCACUGCAUACGUGUCGGUGAGCGUGAUUUUGACUCUCAUGGUUCCCUACGACCUCAUCGACGGCUCGGCUCCCCUCAUGGAGAUGUUCGCCGUUCACGGCUUCCUGUGGGGGAAAUACACCGUGGCCGUGGGCUCCAUAGCCGGACUCACCGUCUCUCUGCUGGGCUCUUUAUUCCCCAUGCCUAGAGUCAUCUACGCCAUGUCCCGGGACGGCCUGCUGUUCAGGUUCCUGUCUCACGUGUCGGCAUUCACACACACUCCCACGGUGGCGUGCGUGGUGUCGGGCUGCUUCGCGGCCCUCCUGGCUCUGUUGGUAAGCCUGCGGGACCUGAUUGAGAUGAUGUCCAUCGGCACCCUGCUGGCCUACACUCUGGUCAGCGUGUGCGUGCUGCUGCUGCGCUACCAGCCGGACGAGCAGACCGACACGCACCAGUUCAUCUCCGAGGAGCACCAGGACGGCGUGAAGCACCACCACGACGAUGGCGCGGCGCCCGCCAAAGACGACCACAUCCUGAUCGGAGGCUCAGACCCCGACGGAUCGGCGUCCUACCACGCAGGCGGGACAGAAGGAGAAGGGGAUGACUCCGAUUUCCACACGGGCCACCCCUCGCUGCUGAAAAGGCUUCUGGGAGGUCACUUCUACACCCUGCGGCUGCGGCUGGGAUUGCCCGACGCGUCGGCUCGGCCCACGCCUGCCACCGGCCGAGUGGUGACCCGAUGCACCCUCCUCUUCUUCCUCACGUCCUUCUUCCUCUGGUCCACCGUUAUAUUUGGCGUUGAGCAGGGAGAAGGCGCCCGCGCGGUGUUCUCGGGCCUCACGGCCACGCUGAUGGCCGGGUCCUUGGCGAAGCUUUUGAUCACGAUUCUUCAGCAGCCACAGAGUGCGAGGAAGCUGCCCUACAUGGCGCCCUGUGUGCCCUUUGUACCCGCGGCCGCCAUAUUGGUCAACAGCUACCUCAUGCUUAAGCUGUCGUCACUCACCUGGGCCCGGUUCACCAUCUGGUGCUUCGUAGGUCUGUUGAUCUACGGUUGCUACGGCGUGUGGCACAGCACGCUGGAGCUGAACGCCCGGGAGCAGCAGGCGCACGCCAGCUCCUACCAGCGCUAUGACGACCACCUGGACGACGACACCUUCUCCCCCGACGACAGCGGUCGCCCAGAGGACCGGGAGGAGAAACCCUACCAGGGCUGGUCCGCCCCGGAGGAGAGGGGAUACAAGUACCAGGAGCACCAGGAGCACCAGGAGCACCAGGAGCACCAGGAGCACCAGGAGCACCAGGAGCACCAGGAGCACCAGGACCACGGCCCAGAUGGAGAGCAGCGCCCGGGCCAGUGUGAGGAUAACGGGGAGCCGUCUGGAUACCAGUCUGGAUACCAGUCUGGACCAAGAGGCCCGUCUGCGAGCAGAGGCCGAGGCAGAGGAUGGACCAAUCAAGGUUUUGAUGAAGAGGAGGACUGAAACCAUCUGGAACUUUAAGACUGAAAUGCUGCUUAUAUGAGACACUGAACCAAAUAUUCCCUACGGCACUGGUUCUCAAACUUUCUUUCAAUAAUGUACCACCUUUUGAAUAGUUUAUUUAAGCCAAGUACUCCCUGACCAGCGCUAAUCAUUUUCGGUAAAGUGUACAUAAACAGGAAGAGUACAGCGCUGUCAGCGAUAGAUUUACUAAA